AUGGGCAAAAAUCCUGAGAUCUCUGUCUCUAUCCCUGAGGAGUGGGGUGUCGGGUCGGACAAGUACCUCGUUGAGAUCGACAUGCAGCAUCAACUUCACUGCCUCAAUGCAGUUCGCAAGUAUGCUUAUUUUGAUUACUACUAUGGUAACAAUUACAGGAACAUGACCACCGAUCGAAGGCAUGUGAACAUGUAUUGA